GACCAGUGGAGCUUAUAUUCAUCUCUUGUAUGUGAUUUUUGUGAAAAGGAAGUUUCUGAAGAUUCCUUCCCUACAAAAUUGUUGUUCUUGUGUGCAAUACGAGAUAUCCUGGAAGGAGCAUUGCAUCCGACGUUUGAUUCCCCUGAUAUAGAAGAUUGCUUGAAUCUUAUACGUGAACGUAAAACUCUCAGUGACAAUAAAGUGUUGAAGUCCGUAUGCCUUCUCAAAUCAGUGGUCACCCAAAAGAUUCUUCUAAUGGAUUCAAAAUUUUUGCUGAUUGAUAAUUCAAGGAUUAGAUUGCUAAACAGCCUCACAAGGCUUUCUGCUUUUGACAACCGCACUUAUAUCCUUCAACUGCUGAAACCUUUCUUGCUGAAUGAAAUCGUGAAUAUGGAAUACAAAGCCAAGUCAGAUGCAGCAGAUGCAGCAGAAGCAGAUCUUUUAAUCGAGGAGGAGAAGAAGCCACAAUCAAAGAAGAAAAAUAAGAAAAACUCAACGAGCAAGUCUAGACCGCGUGAUAAGACUGUUGAACAUAAACCUUCUGUCAACCUUGAACCGGAAAAUACAUCUUCAUCACAAAAGACGGUGGAAGAUGAUUCUAUGGAACCAGGAAAUGAAAUUCAAGAGGAAGAGCAUCACCAGUUAGACCCUGAUUUGCAAAACCUUGGAGAAGAUUCAGAGCCAGCAGCUGCAGAAGCUACAACCAGAUACAAUUCAGCUUUUGACGUGACGCUAAAGGUAAAGCAAUUACCAACCAGGCAACCAACACAAGAUUCAAUACCUAAACUCCCAUCUUCUGAUUCAGCUCGUUCCAUACCUCUGUACUUCCUUAUUUUCUUUGAUAAGUACACAAAAACAUACUUUCCUUCUGCGCUACAAAAAUUCUUUGACGCUUUUGUGUCAGAGGUGAUAAAAAAUGAUGAGGGAAUCUACAGUGGCCUGUUGAGCGACUUACUUGCUUACCUAGAAGAGGUUCAUUACAUGUCAAGUAAAGCUGCUGAGGUACUUGUAGCCAUCCUUGAGUUUUGGCAUUGCUGGAAAAAUCAGGAAAGAGAAAGCUUGGUAACUCGCCUUUUCACGUUGGAGGAAAAUGAAAAAAUGAGUUGUACCAGAUGCAGAAGGAAGUCAGAUUAUCCAGAGCAAAGUUCUUAUGGCAUUGUUAUGGCUGCAGAUUCAGUCAGAGACCUGAAGUGUUCUCUUGGGAAUAUGGAGUUUGUGGAUAUCAUUAAGGUGAUCCGCAUGGAAUUUAAAAUGUUCUGUGACCUUAAAACAGGAGGAUGUGGAAAGACAAACUUUGUUCAUCACAUUAUAAGUAAACGCCCACCUAUCUUCAUAAUCGUUUUGGAAUGGGAGAAGAGCGAAACUGAGAAAGAAGUAUUUGAAACAACAAAGGCUUUGGAGUGGGAAAUAGACAUCAGCAGGCUAUAUGAAGGCGUAGAACCAAACACUAACUACCGGCUUGUGUCAAUGGUUGGUUGUGGUGAAGAAGAAGAAGAGCACAUUUGCAUAGUUUAUGAAAAGAACCGGUGGGUCAAACUCAGACGCACUGCUUUUGAAGGAGAGGUAAAAGACGAAACUGCUUGUCUUGCUUGAGUUGAAUAAUGAAUUCAGAUAGGCGAGAGAGAGGUGAUGGA